AUGAUGAUGAACAUGACUCAGACCCAGAACAAGUCUCAGUAUGAGCUUUCCAGAGAUGAAAGAAUCAAAGCAAACCUUGAACGAAUGCAAAAGCUCGGCCUUGCUGACAUCUCACUUGAGCUCAAGUUUCAGUUUCAGGCCAAAAAGGGCCCCAAAAGGAGCUACUCGAAAACGACGUCGUCUUCUGGAGCAUCUCCUAUUCGGAAACCAGGCCCCGUUCGCCGAUCUUCUAGAUUGCAGAAUUCAAGUCCGGUGAGCAACACGGAGGCGCCUGUGGGCAAGAAGGAUGAGGGUAUGAAAAUGGGUAGUAUUAUGCUGGAGGGUGCAAAACCGGAGAUUUACACAGAAGAGCAUGAAAAGCUGUUGGGUCACACUGAAAAGAGCUGGACUCUUUUUGAGGACGGUUAUGGGAAAGAUGGAAAGCGAAUUUAUGAUCCUGUUAGAGGAAAGACUUGUCAUCAGUGCAGACAGAAGACUCUGGGAUAUCGUACUCAAUGCAGCCAAUGCAAUAAGAUCCAUGGCCAGUUCUGUGGUGACUGUUUGUACAUGAGAUAUGGGGAGAAUGUACUUGAGGCCAUUGAGAAUCCAAAGUGGAUUUGCCCCGUAUGUCGUGGAAUUUGCAACUGUAGUUUCUGUCGGACAGCAAAAGGAUGGCCUCCCACUGGCGUUCUCUACAGGAAGAUAGUACAACUAGGCUUCAAAUCAGUUGCACACUAUCUCAUUCAAACCCGACAUGCAGAGACAAGUUUAGUGCAAACUCCAGAGACACCUGAGCAAGUUUCUGCAAGAAGGUCCCUUCCCGUCCCAGAUAUGGAUGAAGAAAAUCUCAAGGCUGAUUAUAAUGACCUUGGUCCGUUAACACGUCUGGGUGAACAGAAAGGAGACAAUGAGUUUAAGAGUGAAAAAGAUGAUGAAAAGCAGAAUAAUGCAGAUCUAGACAUCAAUAACCAAACUUCUGCAAAGAGGACAUUGUCAUUACCAGAGAUUGACCACAUGGUUGGUGACCCCCUUGAAUUGCCAAAGUUUCAAUCUGAGAGCAGCACCAAUAAUCAUAAAGAAGACGAAGAGAUUAAAAUGGAUUGUGUGGAUAUGAAACUUGGUGAUAGUACCAACGGAUUAGAAACUACUUCAAUGUCCAAAAAGAAGCGGGCUCGGAAUUAUGAACCAAGUGCUGAUAGUAUUGGUGGAAGAUUAAGGCGGAGACGUCAGAAAGAAGCUGAGCAUGAUGAUGAUGCUUCGAAGGCAAAAGAGAAAAUUCCAGAUGGUGAGCAGGAUGCAAACAAAAUCUUGUCAGAGAAGGAAGUCAAAAAAGAAAUCUGUGUGCUGUUUACUGAUAACAAAGAUGUCGGUGAUAGCUGUACUGUAUUGAGAGGAAGUUCAAAGCUCAGGAAGAAGCGCAUUGUCGUGGCUGAACCAAGUGCAGACAGUAUUGCUGGAAGACUGAGGCAGAGGCGUAAGGGGAAUUAA